AUGGAAGCCACAGGGCAGGCACGGGCUGUAACUGCCUUCUGCAGCAUAACGAGCAUUCGAGCAGACGAGCGUUCCCGAGCUUCGACCGGCGGCUCCGACCACGCCGACGACAGCAACGACAGCAACGACAGCAAAGCAGCAAAGCAGCAUCAAGACUGCAAACGACAGGGCGGAAGUAUGGUGGUGCGUAUCAGGGGCGCCGUGGGUGUGCCGCUGAGCCGGGCGCAGCGUGUGGCAGCCGUUCGGCGGCUGCCGACGCACGGCCCGUUAUGCGGCUCGGCGGCGUACUCCUCGACGGCAACGUGCCUCCAGCAGAAGUCGACUUCGCCACAAGAAACCAGCAGUUUGGCACGAACGCCAUCAGCACGACCGUUUCCGCAGCAGCACACACAUUCCGCCCACCUCCAACACUACCUCCGCCAGAACCAGCUUGCCAACCGUCGGUCCUCCUCGGCAUGGGCGGCCGCCGUGUCUGUGGCCGGCAACAUGGUGUCCAAUGCGUUCAACCGAGCCAAGAAGAACGAGAUGGCGAUUGAUCCGCUGAGGACAGUCGCCAAGGAGAUGAAAUUUCUGAUCGGCGACGUACGCAAGCUGCUGGGCUCGGGCCACCCGUCGCUGGACCGUGCAGCUAAGUACUACACACAGGCCGAGGGCAAGCACAUGCGGCCACUGAUUGUGCUGCUCAUGUCGCGCGCAACCUACCUUUGCCCCAAGGCGCCCCAGCUGCAGCCUGUCUAUGUUCACCAGCAGCAGCAACAGCAGCAGCAGCAGCAGCCCCUCCAGGCGUCGGCCGGCGUCGACGUGUCCAUCUCGCCCGUCAACGUCCUGUCCGACUUUAACCCGUCCUGGUCCUCGACUUCACCUUUUACCGAUCCCUCUGCCGCGUCGCCUUCCUCCUCUGCCUCCUCUGCCUCCUCUGCCGCGUCUACUUCGUCGACACCUGACGAGACCAGCCAACCCGAGAUCCUGCCGACGCAGCGCCGCCUGGCCGAGAUCACCGAGCUGAUUCACACGGCAUCGCUGCUGCACGACGACGUCAUCGACCACUCCGAAUCGCGGCGCGGCGCGCCGUCGGCCAACCUUGAGUUUGGCAACAAGAUGGCCGUGCUUGCGGGCGACUUCCUGCUGGGCCGCGCGUCUGUCGCGCUCGCGCGCCUGCGCAACGCCGAGGUCGUCGAGCUGCUGGCCACCGUCAUUGCCAACCUGGUGGAAGGCGAGUUCAUGCAGCUCAAGAACACAGCCAGCGACGAGGCCCACCCCGUCUGGAGCGAGGCCACGCUGCAGUACUACCUCCAAAAGACGUACCUCAAGACGGCGUCGCUGAUCAGCAAGAGCUGCCGCGCCGCCGCGCUGCUGGGCGGCGUCGACAAUGCGACCGUCGAGGCCGCGUACCUCUACGGCAAGAAUCUGGGGCUGGCCUUCCAGCUGGUCGACGACAUGCUCGACUACACGGUCUCGGCCAAGCAGCUGGGCAAGCCUGUGGGAGCCGACCUGGAGCUGGGCCUGGCGACGGCACCGCUGCUCUUUGCCUGGCGCGACCGGCCGGAGCUGGGCGAGCUCGUCGGGCGCAAGUUCAGCCAGCCCGGCGAUGCAGAGAAGGCACGCGAAAUUGUUCUGUCGACAGACGGCAUUGAGCAGACGCGGGCACUCGCCCAAGACUACGUCGAGCAGGCCAUUGCGUCCAUCGCCGUGUUCCCCGCGAGCGAGGCCAAGGACGGUCUCGUGGAGAUGGCUGUCAAGACACUGAAGCGGCAAAAGUAA